AUGGUUAUUUUCCAAAGAAAGCUCAUCUACAUGGGAUAUAUACCUCCAGGGGCUCGGAGCGAGCAGUUGCGCGACGUAAGGGUACCAAAGGCGAUUCAUUGCGAAGAAAUUCAGAUUCCAAGUGAGAAGAGAGUCAUGCUUGCCGGAAUUGUGGUCCGACCAGCCUCGCAUAUUGGUGACUCGCCGCCGGACGCUGUAGUCCUCUAUCUUCAAGGCAAUGCUGGAAACCCUUUGGCUCGUAUGCCUGUCUUCGAGAGGUUGCUUGGAGUGUCAUCACGACUGGAACCGCAGCCAAAGGCUCGCAACAUCGCUGUCGUCGCUGUCGCGCCUCGUUCAUACUGGAAAUCCUCCUCACGAAUACCUACAGAGCGUGGCUUGGCGAAAGACUACGAGCAUGUUCUGUCAUACGUCUGUCACCGCUUCCCCUCUUCUAUCAUCGUCCUAUACGGGCACUCGCUGGGUGGUGCCAUAGCAGUAUGCCUGGCUUCUCGCUUGAGCGGUUCUGAAUAUCCCGCGGUUCUGGGAAUGAUCCUGGAAAAUCCCUUCUCGUCAAUUCCGGGGAUGGUAAGGGCGCUCUAUCCUCAGCGCUGGCUGCCUUAUCACUAUCUUACACCGUUUGUGCUCGAUAAAUGGAACGCAUUGGCUGCGAUGCAGACAGCACGGGAUAGACCAGAGUGCCUGCUUGCGCGGUUGUCGAAGAACAUGCUGGUGCUGCUCAGCGAGAAGGACGAGGUCGUGCCAACGUCCAUGGGCGCCGAUUUGUAUGAUGCCAGCAAUGACUGGAGCUCUGCCGCUGGCGAGGAUGUAUCCAUGGACUGGGGGCUGAAACGACAAGUGGUAAUUCAGGACGCUCUGCACGAAAAUGCUUGGGAGGAACGGCAAUGGCUUCGGGAAAUUCAUACAUACCUGGACCGACUGCAACAGAUGGAGUUGCGACGACGUGUAGUGACUUAG